GCGGCGGUGGCGGCUGCGGGAUGGAGUUGAGCUCCCGGCUCCGUUAAAGAUUGGCAUCGGCUGCGGCGGCAGUCGAGGGAAGGAGGGAGCGGACCAUGAAGGGGGCUCUGGGCAGUCCGGUGGCCGCCGCCGCAGCCGCCACCUCCGUGAUGCAGGAGAGUUUCGGCUGCGCGGUUGCCAACCGCUUCCACCAGCUGCUGGACGACGAGUCGGACCCGUUCGACAUCCUGCGCGAGGCCGAGCGGCAGCGGCAGCGGCAGCAGCAGCAGCAGCGCAAGAAGCGCGACGAAGCGGCGGGAGCUGCGGGAGGAGGCGGCGGCGGUGGCGGCGGCGGCGGCGGCGGUGGUGGCGGGGGCCGGAGACCCGCCUCGGCCGGAGCUGCGGGCCUUAGACUGAGUGGCAGCAGCGGCGGCAUCGGCGGCGGCAUCGGCGGCGGCGGCGGCGGCGGCGGCGGCAGCGGAGGCAGCGGCGGCCGAAGGGAGUCCCAGAAAGACCGCAAGAUCUUCUCCUCCCCCUUCUCACAGCCAGACAGCUUUGGGGGAGGCCCGCAGCCGCCCGGUCAAAAGCGAGCUGCUAAAAGAGGGGAGCAGCAGGCAUGGAAUGAUAACCGGGGAACAGAUGUAAAACUGGACAAGACAGAACGAAGAACUUAUAGGGAAUAUCGACCCUAUGAAAUGGAGAGACAAGUGGAGUUUACAGUGGAAAAGUUUACAAUUGGAAAGCCAGUUGAAAGAUUUGAACGGGAAAGACCAAUUAGAGGCCGUGGAGGCAUAAGAGGUGGAAUGCGAAGCAGAGGAAGAAGUGGUGGAAUAAACAGAACUUUUGAUGGUUUUGACCAAAGGGGGAAGAGAGAAUUUGAAAAAUACAGUGGUGGAAAUGAUAAAACCAGUGAGUUGGAACAAACUGCUCCUAUGGAAGAGACUGCAGAAAUAGAAGAGCACCAAGGAGUACCUGAAGGAGAAUCUUUGACUAAAGUUGCUGAAGUUGGGGAACUAGUGGAAGAAUCUCAAGUUCAAGAAAUGACCUUAGAUGAAUGGAAAAACCUCCAAGAGCAAAAUCGACCAAAGCCUGAAUUCAACAUCCGGAAGCCUGAAUCCACUGUUCCUUCCAAAGCAGUGGUGAUUCACAAGUCAAAAUAUAGAGAUGAUAUGAUAAAGGAUGACUAUGAGGAUGACACCCAUGUUUUCAGAAAAGCAGCCAAUGACAUCACAUCCCAGUUGGAGAUUAAUUUUGGUAAUCUGCCUCGUCCUGGACGUGGAAGCAGAGGUGGUACACGAGGUCGAGGAAGAAUCAGGAGGGUGGAAGAAUCUGGAUCAAGACCAGAAGUUGUGACACAAAUCAUUGCUCCAAACCCAGAUGACCCUGAAGACUUUCCUGCUUUAGCUUGAAAGAGCCCUCGUUUAACAGCAUCAUAAAGUAGCUUUGGCACAGCUAUGGGAAAAAAAAAAAAAAGACUUUCCUUGCUAUGGGGAAGAGGGAUAGUCUGAAUCUAUGAAAACAAUAGAAGUUGCUUUUUUCCCCUUGUAGUGUGAACUUGUUGCACUUUUUGAUUUGGGAGUUUGAGGUAGGUGCAAUCCAGAGAUUCCUAGAGCAUGAGGUUCUGGGGUCAUUAAGAACCUUCUGCAAGAAGGUGAAGGGAUGAUGAUCAUUGUUAUACUCAAGGGAUUUCAAAUAAAGUUCAAGAAUGAUGUUUAAGAUGUGUAUAUAGAGAAUAUAUUGAAAAAUUUUCACCAAACUAAGAGUAAUAUCAGCUAUAAAUUAUAAUAGUCCAUAGUUCAGGCUACAUAAAGCCCUGUAGAUACUUGAAGGUUUAUUUCCCUUCAAUAUUAAAUUAUAUAUAACUUGGACAAACUUAAAUAGAAAUAGAGACCCCCCAAAAAAAAUAAAAUACAAUUAAAUUAAUGUUUUUUCUUAUGUAUUUGUAAAUGUUAUAUCUCCUAAAUGUUUUUAGUUGUUUUUUUUUUUUCAUUUGCCAAGUUAACUUUCAACUUUACCCUAAAAGACACUUUAAAUUUUCUAUUAUGCAAAUAUUGGUCACUACCUCAUGACAUGCCAAAUUUUUCAAAGAGGUCAGAGGUGAUUGGGCAGAAGGGAGGAAAAAGACCAAACCCAGGUAGGCUGUAGCUUUUAACAGUGCCUUGAUUCAUGUGGUAUUUUCAAUAAUGUUAUGUCUUGAAAGCCAAGAAAAUUUGCUUAAUGCAUGUAUGAAAAUGUUUGCAUGGUCUCUAGCCUGAGGAAGAGUAAUUAAGUUUGAUGUGUGUGUAUGUACACACACACACACACACACACACACACACACACACACACACACCCAGUACCUAUUGAGCCUGCAACAAAUAGGGGAAAGGAAAAGGAGAUGAAAAAGGAGAAAAUAGUUGGUUGUAGCAGUGACAAAAUUUAUCAUACUUGUGAUAGUUUUUGCUCCCUCUAUAUAUAGUUUUAUUGCUGCCUCCUGGAGUCCAUGCUACUCCAAGCUGCUGCUACAGAAGAUGGGAAAAUCAUUACCUGCUACUGUCUCCCAGCCUCUCCUUUAUUCUGCUCCCUUUCAUAAAAUUCAGCAAGAUUCAUUGAUGUUUUUGCCAUAACAGGGAAGAAUGUGAAUGAAACUACUUCAUAUUUCUCUUUUAUUCUUCAGCAUUAUAUAGGUGAAAAGAAGAGGAUGUUAAAUUUCUAUUCAAACAAAAACGUGUUUAAAUUCAGUUAUUCAGAAUAUUUUAAAAUUAUAACCUAGCUCACCUAAUUUUUAGUCCUUAGAUAUUAAAUUCAUAUUUGGGUACUAGGAUAUGUUAACAGAUUUUGUAUUAUUUCCUGCAUUUGGUAAACCACAACAAAAUGACUGUUAAGAUGAAAUAAAAAGAAAUCUAGAAGGAUGAAUGUCCCAUUCUGGAUUAUCCAUUAUCAUGUUGUGGGAACAGUACUAUUCCCAUUUAAAGUUGUCAUAAUAACUUCUCCUUGCCUUGUUUCAGAAUUGACUGAUAAAAGCCCUGUGGAUGUAGGUUACAUGUGCUCACCUAAUUGAUUAAGUAGGUGAGCACAUGUAUUUAGCCAAAAUGCUAUAUGCUUUUCAAACCUUAAAAUGCUGUAUCAUGCAGUUUUUUCUCAGAUGGGAGACUUUGCCCAUAGCCUUGGAACAAAUGUAAUUUGGGGGAAUCAUGCUUUUCAAAAAUGCCUGUUGAAAAGUUUUUUCAUGUACUCUGUUAAACUAGGACUAGCCAGCUGGGUAUGUAAACAAGAAUUAUAUGUAUACGAUGGUUUUGUUUUAAUUUUCUAGUCUACUAUGAGGAACUGUGGUUCCCAGGGAAAAUCUGAAAACAGGGAAAUUUCUAUUCAUUACUUUAUUGUAGCAGUAGAGGAUGAGUCUAUGAGGAGGAAUAACAAUUUAGCUGAAUAUAUUUGUCAUAAUUUUUUUUAGCCUCUACGUGGGUUUGAAAACAGAUCUGUCACUUGCCAACCUAUUUCUAGGGCAGCUGGUAAUAAGUUUUUCUUUUUACAACACAAGAAAAAGGCAAAGUUUCCCAGGAGGCAUAUCAUUGGAUACUGUCAUGUCUAUUUCUUAAAAUAGUUUUUUCAAUAAGAUCAAAGUGAUCUAGAAGCCCUUCAGGCUUUUUAAAUUUGUAGCAGUAGAAUUCAAAAGUACACGAAAAGGGAAGAUGGUUUGGUUUAAAAUAACAAUGGAAAAACUGCAAUCUAGAUCAAGGGUCCUUUAUAUAGGAACCUGAAAUUUUUUUUUUUUUUGAUAACUUUUCAAUGUGAUUAGUUUCCUUUGUCAUCACAUGUAUUUUAUUUCAUGUAUUUACAGAUAUUCUAAGAAGUCCAUCACACUAAAUUAAAAAAACCCAGAUCUUGAUGAUUUCUGGUGUAUAUAUUUAUAUAAAUAAAUCAUAGCUUAAUUGCUUGUUGACUGGCCACAA